AUGAAGAUCCGCGUCUACUUCAGUCAAUCACGAAGAUCCAUCUGCUGGUCAACCCUGGAGACCCGCCACCACCACCAUUCGCCCCCAACACCUACCUUCAACCGCUUCCAUCCACACUUCGCCCCCCGCCCUGUCUACCUCAAGAUCUCCAGAGAAUCUCUGACCUUGAUCUUCCCAAUCAUGGCGUCUUCACUCAAGAUGGCUUAUUCACUCAAUCUGGCUUCGUCACUCAAGCUUCAAGAGAGCUUCAACACCGCAAGCUUCAACCAUUUUGACCAUUUCAACAACAAAGAGUGGCGGACCCUUGGAGCUCCAGACGCGGAUCUCCCUUCGCGGCUGACGCGGAUCUCCCUUCGCGGCUGA